ACAUCGUUUCUUGGCAAACAGUCAGUUGUUUUGUAGCGUUGGCGUAGGGCAGAUAGCGGUAGAAUUUCAUAUACCUACUUCGAUUGUCGGGCCAUGCUCCAUAGUCAGGCCAGUUGCAGUUCGGUAGUGGAAAUUUUUUCGCUGUUGACAAUGUGAAAUUCGUUUAUUUGUGUAGUUUUGAUUAUUUUUUCGUCUAGUUUUGCUUUUACUUACUUUUGAACUUUUGGAUUAAUGGUAUUUUUUUUUAUUAGGAAUUUCUAUGUUGCAGUACAAUAAGAAGAAUAUCAGAUAGAUAUGAAACAAUUUUUUAUGAGUUUGAACAAAGUCCAAGAAUUGCAAAGCUUCCAAAUUAUAUUCGUGGUCCAAAAACAAACCCGUAGAAGACUCCGGUAACAACAGCAACUAAACUAAAACAAACAAAAAUAGAUCAAGCAACUGUAGAAUAAACGUUUUAUAUGAUAAAUUUGAUCAAGGUUAGGAUUUGUUCAAAAGAUAGAAGCAACCACUUAAAAACGGCUUCCUUAAAGCUAUCAGUAGACAAAGAUAACCUCCAUUUAAAAUUGUUCAAAACACCCGUUAAGGAUUUCAAAGUACAUUGGCGGUGGUUCACCAGUGACAUCAUUUCUCUUUCAAGGAAGAAGAAUAAAAGCAUAAUUGGUAAAGCAUCAGGGGUGGCGGUAACAUUAAAGGGGUGGUGGCGCGAUGUGGGGCUCUGCCCCCGGGCGGCCCCUUCCCCUACGCUAGGCACGAAUCCCACCCGGAACAGAUCUAUCAUCAGAAGGGGGUCUCUACGAUCGAUGGGACAAUCUUUCAGUAUGUGCAAAUUCAACUGCAGGCAUAAGAAAGGUUUACAAUUGCGCAACACUGGCGACGACACUCGAAUGCCGGUAGAUGGCUCCACUACAGGGUCGGAUUCAGCUAGUAGGCUUCCGAGGCACCAUCACAACAUUUAUGGACAUCCUUAUGAUCCGGAGUAUACUCAAAUGGAAUCAUGGCUGGAUGAGCAUCCAGAUUUUGUUAAUGAUUAUUUCCUGAGAAAAGCCACACGACAAUUAGUGGAACAAUGGCAAGUGUCGCAUGCCACUCCUACCUCAUCCAACGUGGAGUUAGCCUCACCAACGCACAACAACCCGUCAAGAGCAAGUUCGGGUGCUACAACACCCGUGCGAAAAAUAUCUGCGCACGAAUUCGAACGCAGCGGUCUGCUGAAGCCUAUGAUAAAUACCAUUGAUGGCCAACCCACGUUCUUAACCAGCGAAAACCAAACACCAGCAGGAACAGGUAGUCCUACGCCUGGACGGCGGCAGAGGAGGUCGCGGCACGAAUUAAGGCAGAUGGACGAGAAAGAUUUAAUUUUUGAGUUGGUGAAAGAUAUAUGCAACGAACUGGAGAUCAGGUCCUUGUGCCACAAGAUCCUUCAAAACGUAUGCAUGCUUCUGAACGCCGACCGUGGUUCUCUCUUUCUGGUGGAAGGCGACAAAACCAGUUGUCAAGUAGACUCGGGCCAUUACCGAGACCGUUGUCUAGUUUCUAAACUGUUCGAUGUCUGCUCCAAAAGUACCCUUGUAGAUAUAGAAAAAAAGGAGGAAAUUAAAAUUCCUCUUGGUACGGGUAUUGUGGGGUACGUGGCGCAGAGUGGAGAACCUGUAAAUAUUCCAGAUGCCUACCAGGACAAAAGGUUUAACCAGGAAGUUGAUAACCGAACGGGGUAUAGAACGAAAUCUUUAUUAUGUAUGCCCAUUAAGGACACCAAUGGUGAUGUGAUAGGAGUAGCACAAGUUAUAAAUAAAGUCGGUGAACAACCCUUCACUAAAACCGACGAAGAAGUAUUUUCAAAGUAUCUACAGUUUUGUGGUAUCGGGCUCAGAAACGCACACCUUUAUGAAAAGUCACAAUUAGAGAUAAAACGGAACCAAGUGCUUUUGGAUUUGGCUAGAAUGAUAUUUCAAGAGCAAUCAACGUUAGAGCACGUCGUGUAUAGGAUUUUACUUCACGCACAAAGUCUUAUUCAAUGUCAGAGAGUACAGAUCCUUCUAACGCACCAAGACUCAUCAGCUAGCUUCUCGAGAGUAUUUGAUUUCGAAGAAAAUGACAUUAACAUUAUCGAGGCCGGAGAGAGCAGAACUAGUCCACUGGAAGGCAGAUUUCCGAUCAAUUUAGGAAUAACAGGCCAUGUCGCAACUACAGGGGAAACCGUAAACCUCACGAAUGUCUACGACGACUCCCGCUUCGACCCAGAGGCCGACGAAGGUACAAACUUCAAGCACAAAACCGUCCUAUGCAUGCCGAUCAAAAACUCCAAAAACAAAAUCAUCGGCGUUAUACAGUUAAUAAACAAGUUUAAUGAUCUCCCUUUUACACAAAAUGACGAAAAUUUCGUCGAAGCGUUCUCUAUUUUCUGCGGAAUGGGCAUCCACAAUACGAGGAUGUACGAAGCAGCUACGACAGCCGUCGCGAAACAGAAAGUUAUUUUGGAUGUGCUGUCUUAUCACGCCACUGCUAGUAUUGAAGAGGCCCAAAGAUUAAGGAUACCUGAGAGGUUGGCAGGGCAUGUAAAACCAAAGAAGAAUCAUUGUGGAAUUGCAAAAGGAAUGUUGAAAACAAAAAUGGAUUUACGGGUACCAUCGAAUGUUAAGUUUAGACUUCUGGACUUCGCCUUUGAUGACAUUCGCAUGAGUGAUGAUGAAACUUUGACUGCCUGUUUACGCAUGUUCUUGGAUCUUAGUUUGGUAGAAACGUUCCACAUAGAUUUUGAUGUAUUAUGUAGAUGGCUAUUGUCAGUUAAGAAAAACUACCGAGAUGUAACUUACCAUAACUGGAGGCACGCCUUCAACGUAGGUCAGAUGAUGUAUUCAAUAUUGCACGCAACAAGGUGGUGGGAAUAUUUGGGAUCCAUUGAAUGCCUUGCGUUGAUGAUCGCUUGUCUCUGUCAUGAUUUAGACCAUCGGGGAACAAAUAAUUCCUUUCAAAUGAAGAUUCAUUCGCCUAUAGCCCAGCUAUAUUCCACCUCUACCAUGGAACACCACCAUUUUGACCAAUGUCUAAUGAUUCUAAAUUCUCUCCAACUUCUUUCAAAUCUAACACCAGAACAGCAUUCUAGAGUUAUCAGGGUAUUAGAAGAUGCCAUAUUAGCUACGGAUUUGGCGGUCUAUUUUAAGAAACGUGUUGACUUUUUUAAGAUAGCUAGUGAUGGUCUGAACUGGAAGAGAGAGGAUCAUAAGGAAUCCGUGAGGGGUAUGUUAAUGACAGUCUGUGAUUUAGCGGCCAUAACCAAACCGUGGGAAGUCGAAAAGAGGAUAGCGGAGUUAGUGAGCGCCGAAUUUUUUGAACAAGGCGAUCUCGAGAGGGAAAAGUUGAACGUUACGCCAAUGGACAUAAUGGAUAGGACAAAAGCUGAACAAUUACCUAUGAUGCAGAUCAACUUUAUUGAUUCAAUAUGUCUGCCAAUAUAUGAGGCCUUUGCUGAUCUUUCAGAUAGUCUGCAUCCCUUACUCGAUGGCGUUAAACAAAACAGAACGCAUUGGCUCGAAGAGGCACAACGAGCUCAUUUGGUUCCUGAGAUAAACGAACGCCAAGAGAAAGACGACAAUGACAAUUUGUCAAAGUCCAGUAGCAGUUCCGAUCAAAAGCAAAGUCCGCGAGAGAAGAACUUUCAAAAAAUUACCAAUUAGUAUAAAGAAUUUAAAAGUUGUAUAUAUUUAUUGACAAAGAUUAUUUAUUAAAAUAUUUUUAAUGUGAAGACUUAACAGACCACGAGGUUUUAUAUUAUGGCUAAUUAUAUAUUUAUUAAAUAAAUAAAUUAAAUUG